GCAGGCAAGGACAAUAAACCCCAUCUGCCAUCUGGGGUUUAUAGCCACUCUACAUGCUUCCAAACCAGUUAGAUAAUUAUAGGUCCAUAUAUAUAGUCUAGAUGUUUCAGGGUGUACAUAUUUGUAUACACAUCUAGUAGCAUGUAGGCUGUUUAUUUGCAUCGGCUGCAGUACACGUCCAAAACAGACGUGACUGAAUUUUAAGGGCGUCCCCGUGUUCCGUGUUUUACUGCUAACGUUAAUUCCUCAGAUAUUUGUCCCAGAGCCUAUAAACUGCGUAAAGUCUGUACUUUCCAUUCCCGAGGAAGAGGAAGAGAUAAUGGUGGCGACCAACGCAUUAGGGAAACAAAUCACGUAGGUCCCUCAGUUUGUGAAAGUGAUGUAACUUUGCAGACGCUCCCUAAGCACAUGGGCGCUCCCCUUGUUCCUUGGUGCUGAUGCAGCCAGCCAGAAGCGUCUAACCGGACAUCGCCUGCACUGCAUGACACACUGAGAAGCGAUGCUUUGACAGUCUGCAGGCUUACUGAGACCCAGACUAUUGCCAUGGCGGUGUAUUCCAAUUCCUUGGGGACGGCGAGUCCUGCGUUUGAGCCAUGGUCCACAGCGUCAGUGGAUCAGGAUGUCCUGCAUUUCCUGGGCUCUGUGGCUGAGGAGAAUAGCACUGCAGAGAGAUGUUACCUCUCACACUCUCGCAGCAGUGUGCUUCAGGGGCUGCCCUUCGGUGGAGUGCCCACUGUCCUCGCUAUCAACCUCGUCCUCUGGCUGUUCCUCUUGCUGGUGUUCUCCUGUGUGAGGAAGGCUGCAUGGGAUUACGGGCGUCUGGCUCUGCUCAUGGAGAAUGACAGCCUAACGUCGCUUUUCUAUGGAGAGCAAAGUGAGAAAGAAAAGUCUCCUUCUGAAACCAGUCCCUCAGACUCUGAGACCAAAGAUAUGGGCUUCUGCUCCUGGCUCACAUCUCUGUACCACAUGAAGGACGAAGAGAUCCGUAGUAAGUGUGGCAUUGAUGCAGUUACAUACCUGGCAUUUCAGCGCCACAUCAUCCUUCUCAUGGCUGUAGUGUGUCUGCUCUCGCUGAGUGUUAUCCUGCCUGUCAACCUCUCUGGGAGCCUCCUGGAGGACAGCUCUAAGAAUUUUGGUCGGACAACUGUGGCUAACAUAGCAGCACAGAACAGUUUUUUGUGGAUACACAGCAUCUUUGCACUACUGUACUUUGUAAUUACUGUACUCUGUAUGGUCCACCACUCCUCACAGUUGGAAUACAAAGAGGAUGAGAAGGUGGCCAGAACUUUAAUGAUCACCAACAUUCCCAGAGAGAUUUCUGACCCCGGCCUGAUUACCAAACACCUCCAUGAAGCUUACCCGAGCUGUACAGUCACGGACAUCUGCUUCUGUUUCAACGUACAAAAGUUAAUGAAGCUGGACUGUGAGAGGCGGAAAGCAAUGAAGGGGAGGAUGUAUUUCACUACCAAAUCACAGAAGGAAGGGAGGAUCAUGAUAAAGACACAUCCCUGUGCUCAGAUCUUCUGCUGUGAUUUAUGUGGCUUUGAACAGAUCGAUGCAGAGCAGUAUUACAGUGAAUUGGAGGAGAAGCUUACAGAUGAGUUUAAUGCAGAAAAGAAUCGCAUUACCAUGAAGAGAUUGGGCAUCGCCUUUGUCACUUUCAGAGACGAGAGGAUGACUGCAGUCAUUGUGAAGGACUAUAGGAGGGCACGUUGCCAUCGGAAACCGCAGCAGUCCAGCAUCACUACAGUUGUGCAUUCACACCAGUGGGGUGUCCGCUAUGCCCCUGCCCCCAACGACAUCAUCUGGGAGAACCUGUCAGUGAGUGGCUCUCGCUGGUGGCUUCGAUGUGUCUUGCUUAAUAUCCUGCUCUUCCUCCUGCUGUUCUUCCUCACCACUCCUGCCAUUAUUGUCAACACUAUGGACAAGUUCAAUGUCACUCGGCCUGUGGAAAGCCUCCGGAAUCCGGUUAUCACCCAGUUCUUCCCCACUUUGCUCCUAUGGGCUUUCUCCGUUCUGCUCCCCUUCAUUGUGUAUUAUUCCGCCUUCUUUGAGUAUCACUGGACCAGGUCCACUGAGAAUCAGAUCACCAUGCACAAGUGCUUUCUACUGCUGGUCUUUAUGGUCAUCAUUCUGCCUUCUCUUGGUCUGUCCAGUUUGGAUUUUUUCUUCAGGUGGCUCUUUGACACUCACUUCCUGGAUCAGAAAGAUGUAAAGUUCCAGUGUGUGUUCCUGCCUGAUAAUGGAGCUUUCUUUGUGAAUUACGUCAUCACAUCAAGUCUGAUUGGCACGGCAAUGGAGCUGCUGCGGAUUCCCUCACUCCUGGUUUAUUCGCUGCGUCUUUGUUUUGCAAAAUCCAAAGCUGAGCGCAUCCAUGUUAAACGAAGUCAGGCCUACGAGUUCCAGUUUGGGUUAGAGUAUGCCUGGACUAUGUGCAUAUUCUCUGUUAGUAUGACCUAUAGCAUUACCUGCCCCAUCAUCGUACCCUUUGGGCUGUUGUAUCUGAUUCUGAAGCACAUGGUUGACCGCUAUAACAUCUACUAUGCCUACAUUCCCACCAAGCUGAGUCAGCACAUCCACUCAGCUGCUAUCAGGCAGGUGCUUGUGGCACCAAUUCUCUGCAUGUUCUGGCUCCUCUUCUUCUCUGUGCUGCGACUCGGGCCAAUGCGACCCAUCACUCUUUUCACAUUCGUCUCUGUACUAUUGUGUAUCAUCUUCUCCAUCUUUGGAAUCUGUCUGAAAAAACUACAGCCAGACAGAUCAACAAGCUAUCAGAUGUCUGAUACAACCACAGAAGGAGCCUACAGUGAUAUGGAGAGAAGCACUGCAUCCACCGCGACUACUGCUAAUCUUUUCAUAGCAUCAGUCUUAUUGGAACCGGAGCUGGGUCUGACACCCAUGCCCUCUCCUGCCCACCAGAGUUAUGGCACCAUGGGCAACUGCCAGGCCUCGGUGCACGAGGAAGAGGGGGCAACUGGGAAAGAUGUGGAGGAGACAGUUGAGACGGAGCUUGAGGACACACCAGGGCCCGUCUGCUCCAGCUCUCUGAUGGACAGCCCAGUGGACUACCAGUGACACCCACUCACCUCUACCAGCAAAAUAAAAAGCCCCCUGCCUCACCUUAACCUGAGGCUGUUACUGAGGCACAAUGCUGCAUUUUUUUUCCCUUCGAUUUCCCUUUAUUUCUUUCAAACCAUUUCAGGAGUGGAUCUGGCACAAUGUGUGGCCACUCAGUCUGUCUGUCUUUCUUUCGCAAUCUUUCUUGCUCUAUAGCCUUCUGUCUUCUUCUGUUCUCUUCUGUUUUUCUUGGGCCUUUCUUGAGGCUGAUGGCGUCUGGCACCAUUGCUGACGGAAGUAUGGAAAACUGGACCCUGUGCUUUGGAGGAGCUUUUCCUUGGCUCUGCUGAUUUCUAAGGUCAUGUCCUCACUAGUGUUUUUCUGUGCUUGUUCUAUGUGGCUCCCAAAAACUUGACCCGGUGCACUUCUGUUUAGGCAGGAUGUCAGUAAAAUUGGACAUGGGAAGGAAUAUAUUUGUACUUGUUGCUAGUUGCUUAUCACUCAUCUUGAUUUUAAAAUUAUAAUACAAGGCUGUUUUUACUUGCUGUUAGGGGUUUAUCUAAAGGUGUAUAGUAUCACUUUUCUUUGAAGAAAUGUUGUGCUUUAUUAUUAUUAUUAUUAUUAUUAUUAUUAUUAUUAUUAUUUGGGACAUUUAACUGUGUAAUUUGGAGGUUUUAUAAGCAUUUAAUGUUUUUGUCUUUAUCUUUUAUUGCAUCAAGAGUGCAGAAACCAUCUCCAUCGAUCUUUAACCUGCCUACUACAGCUGUUUUUAUUUCCUUAACUGCAUAGUCAUGUUUGUAGUCCAAAAUGGAACAAAAGCCACAAUUAUCCCUGCAGUGUAAAUUAAUGUAUUUAGCUAGGAUAGGAGAAACACAGAGAAUCAGUUGGAUUAAAUUACAAAAGGAGUGAAUUCUAUCAGCAUUUGAUUAAUUAGACAUGACCUUUAAAGUAAGCUUGAAGAGUGAAAAAAAACAUUAUCAGACAGACAAUGAUAUUAAUAUUGCAUUCACGCAUCAGGGCCCAGGGUCUUCAAAACUGCAUGUCGUCCUAAAAACUACCUUCCUUACACAUGAUCUGUUCAGUCUGCAGCACUCUCAAUCUGGUGAAGUGUUGCCCCAGCUACUAUAACACUCUAAUGCUCUUUGUAAGUUUUGUACUAUGCUCUUUGCUGCUAGUGGUUAUAUGACUGGUUGGGAAAGGGGUGGGAGGGUUUUCUUGCCAAAUUGAAUGCAAACGAAUGUUUGUUUUGUGCUCUCUUGCUGUGCCUUGAAGAGAGAUUUGAAAAACAAAGUCUUUUUUUAAAUGUCUGACAAUCCAGCAUGGCCUGUGAUAUGCUGCAUGGACUGGUGACAACAGAGCAGGAGAUUACAAAGUGCCAAAAUGUCCAGUACGUACUUCAUUUACACACUUGCAUACACAGUGAUUGCCUUAGCACUUAAGAAGGAAAUCAUAAAUUCUGUCAUAAAGCACAACAUCCAUCUUCACAUCCACAUUCAUCUAGUUUUCUUCCUUUCUGCAGUCCUAUUUAGAUAAACAAUACACCACCCUGAGAGAUGCAGACUGAAUAUUAAUUUGAUUUAUUUGAUAAAUGUGUGCUGACUGUGUUUACUAGCAUCCAGUGUGUAGAAUUUGUUUUGUUCACCCAGUGGAGGUUUGUGGGUUGUGAGGUUUCUAUGUAUGACAGGGAGCACAUUGCAGGCUGAGCUGCUGUACCGUAUUCCACUGUACCGUAUCUCACUGCACUAUAGCAGAAGACAAUAAAAUAAAACUGCAAACAACA